AUGACCACCGCUUUCGCUAGUAUCCCGCUUCCGAUAAAGCCAUCUGGUGGCCGCCCGCUCCCUUAUACCUGUGCUGCCCCUACAUUCCCGAGCAUCAGUUGCGGCUCGUCGUCGUCGAAGAUCGCAACUGAGAACCAAUGGUUUCGCAGCAGCGGCGGCGGGUCCAGACCUCAGCCGCCACCGCAUCGGUCACAGGCCUCUCGUUUGAACAGCUCCUCGUCGGCGUCCUCCGCCAUCCAUGGUGGGCCCGGCGGCGAGGCUUACAAGACAGCCGAUGAAGGUGCAGACGAGAUGACCCGCCAGCCCGUCUACGAGACGAUGUUAGACACACGUGUCAAGCAGCGAGAACCCGACCAGGGGCCGGACCGACCGGCCCAGAGUCCCGCAAUCACCCUCCUCGGGCCGCAGCAGCAGCCGCGUGCAGGUCCAUCCCACCCGGUGCCGCCAUCGCCCUCGCCCCCGGGAGUGUCAACCACACCAGGCCACAAGGGAGGCACCACAAGACAGCCCCCACCGCAGGACGCCCGCCGCCCCAAGCGAUCACCGCACCAGGGGAGCAGCCGCAGCGCCCCGGUAUCCUCCAGUACCCAGCAGCAACCAGUCUCAACACCCCAUGGUUCCAGCAGCAGUGGCGGUGGCAAUCCCUCAGCACCGACUCCCGCCACCAGAGAUCACGACCCGGUGUUCAGGCAAGCGUCAGCGGCCAUUGACCAGAGACAUCCACCACCAUGGUCGCCCACCUCCGGGAACGCCCCCGCCGGGGCCGUCGCCGUCAAGCGCAGCAUCCACGCAGGUGUCAAGGCGCUCCCCCUAGGGUCAGCGCGGCGCCCAAGGCACAGCGGCCACCGCAACGAAGCGCCGCCCCAGAAAGGCUCCGACCAUGCCCUCAAGCCACCCAGAGCACCACCACUCGCGGACAGCCUCCCAAGCUAUCCCUGUGACAGUUCCCGAAAGCCUGAGGAGAAGAGGGGAAGACCGGCAGCACGACCCAAAAAAUCAACGGAGCACCCUCCAAGGGAAUCUCCCUAA